AUGCGUUUUCCAACAAUUACCCAACUGCUGACAACAGCACUGGCUAUAGCCACGGUCCAUGGCGCCUGUAUCCGCAGGGUCUGUUACUUCGCCAACUGGGCCCAGUACGGUCCUACAGCAGAGACACAGUACUUCGCCAAGGACAUUGACCCAAACGUUUGUACGCACAUUGUCUUCGCUUUCGCCAAACUUAACGGCAACAAACUGGCGCCGAUUGAGUGGAAUGAUGAGUCAUCUGAUGGCGAAACUGGACAAUAUGAAAUGCUUGCAAAUCUCAAACAAAAAAACCCAAGUUUGAAAAACAUGAUUGCCGUUGGCGGCUGGAGCUUAGGUUCCGACCCCUUCCACCACGUUGUCAACUCCGCAGCCUCCAGAACAGAAUUUGUUACCAGCACGGUUAAGUUCCUGCGAGAUCACAAGUUCGAUGGUCUUGACAUUGAUUGGGAAUACCCCGCCAAUAGAGGAAGUCCAGCAGACGACAAGCAUAAGUUUACGCUCCUGCUCCAACAGCUUAGACAAGCUUUUGACUCAGAAGCCAGCGGCAACAACAGAUUGCAGCUGUCUGCAGCAGUAGCCGCGGGAAAGGGAGAGAUUGAUUCCGCUUACGAGGUUGCUGCCAUCAGCCAGUAUCUUGACUGGAUCAACCUGAUGACCUAUGACAUGCACGGCAGCGACUGGGAAUCCGUGACCGGACAUAACAGUCCUUUAUACCCUCAUGGUUCAGGUAAUACUUACAGUGAUCAAUUCAAUGUACAGUGGGCAGCCAACUACUGGGCCCAAAAAGGAGCUCCUAAAAACAAAAUUGUCAUUGGCUUGCCCUUAUAUGGUAGAUCCUUCACGCUCUCAUCUUCCAACACAGGACUCGGGGCACCAGCGACAGCAGGUCACGCUGGUCCAUACGUUCGCUCGGAAGGAUACUUGUCUUACUAUGAAAUCUGUGAGAUCAUAAAUAAAGGAGCCACGCUUCAUCACAUAAGUGAUCAACACGCCCCCUACCUUGUCUCCGGAAACCAGUGGAUUGGAUUCGACAAUGAAGACAGUCUUCGGGAGAAGGUCCAGUUUGUCAAAGACAACGGAUUUGGUGGAACCAUGGUGUGGGCUCUUGACCUGGAUGAUGUCAAGGGUAAAUUUUGUGGAAAAGGUCGUUUUCCAUUGGCUAAUGCCAUCAAGGAUGAAUGCUCUAAGUAA